AUGGUCUUGACAAUUGAUCUUGGAGAAGAUCGACUUAGUUCCCUUAAUUCAACUAUCGAUCUCAAUAUUCAUGCUUCAGCUCAGGUACUAAUUCCCGAAGACACUGGCUUAACGGAUGCAGCCUGUAUCGAGAGGCUGCUCAAAUCGCAAGAUCUAUGGGUGUUCCAAACUCCCGAACUCAAGCUCUAUAUUUCGGUCAAUAUCGAUGCGUCGAUAGUCCUUUCAGCCUCCACUUUCGCUUCAUCGGUCGGAGAGAUGAUGUGUAGUUCCAAGCUCUGGUCAGAUCUUGGUCUUGUUGCGUUAUUUAGGAGCUAUAGUCACCUCCACUACGGCGAUGUCACUUCCUUCAAGCUCAUCAUCGGCAUUCAAAGGGACUUGAGCCAGUCGAAGACGAGACCUACACGGAAAACAACGUUAUUCGAUUAUCUUGACGAUAUUCAUCCUCCAGACUACAUCAAGACUGUUUAUCUAUCUACAGUCAAUGCAUCUAUGACUUUCACUCCCAAAAAUGAAACCGCACAGCUAUAUAUACUGAAUACAGACACUUUGACAAAACCGGAUUCGGUAGGAAACUAUUGCUACAUGAACUAUAUACUAAAGAGCACGCAAGAUACUAUUUCGUUUGAUCCUCAACCAGAUUUGUAUACAUAUAAUCCCGGCAACACUCAAGCCACAUCCUUCAUCGAUGAGCUAGAAGGGUUGCUUGAGAGCGAACAGAGCCCUCUCACACCCACAGAAUCCUUUCAAAAUAUUCCCGCGAAGGAACAGCGUGAACAACUGAACAAUCUCUUCACAAUCGGCCUGGAAGCUCUUUUAUUCGGAUGCACUGCGCCAUCUAAUCAGAGUGAUCUCCAAAGCAAGAAGCGACAACCUCUUUCACAACUUGCACCCUCGGUCUUCAACCCGAACUACCACAGGGAAAUGAGUCAACGAUCAACCCUGAUCCCCUCAAUCACAAAAUCACUUUCUUCCAUACUCAAGCUCCCCAACCACCAAUCCCUUCAAUCCAAACUAGGCAAGCUAAACAAUGGAAACACGCUUCACCCCACUGGGGCAAACACAGACACAAACAGUAUCAGAAACACCAUAAGUGCAUCCCUCUUCCGCAUCGCCCAGAAACAGCUCUACAAGCCACAAGCAUCCCGGAAACUGCGCUUUCAGGCCCCACCACCCAACCCUCAAUGCGAGGACCAGCCGUCGCCAGUCAAAGAACGAAUGGAUGGAGAACCAGGAUAUUCUUCCGAUGGAGAAGAAGAACUUCUUGGGUUCAGUGAGCCCGAUGAAAGUAGUAGCUGUGCGAUGCUAUCGACUACUACUGCUGCUGCACCUUCUUCAUCAUGCGGGUCACUGCCAUUCUCGCAGGAUGAUUACGAUGAUGACGACGAUGAUAUAAUGUCUAAUGGACUGAGUGAAGAUGGUGUGAUUUACACGCUGUUUUCAGAUGAUAUGGUAGAAUUUGAAGGAUUUGGAGAUGACCACGAUGAGGACGAUAUGCUCUGCAGUAGUUUUUGA